UUCGACCCGCCCUGGUCCCUCCCGUGAAAAAGAGCGCGGUAUUGUCAGCGCUUUACGUAAGUAUGUCGAAAGGAUUAUUUUCUUGAGCUCCGAAAACACAUAAAAAGCACCCUUUACUUAGCGUGAGUUCCAGAAAGAUAAAACGCAAAAAUGUAAAACUGCAAGAGCAUCGAUUUCGAUUAGUGACCGUUGACGUAAAAUGACAAAGCAGGCCGUAGUUAAGUACUUUGAUACGGCCUUAACUAAUUUGAUGAUGCAAGGCUCGCGACGUAAUGGAUAAUGCUUGGGCGGGAGCGACAGAGUCAAUAGCAGGAAAGAUUUUCAUAGAUUCAGAAGAAUAUCGCUAUCGGAGUCAGUUGUUAAAGAUCAGAGUUGUCAGUCGUUCUUUAUCAGUUUUUUUUUCCAUUGUAGUUCUUCUUGCUAUGUUGUUCUUGUUGAUAUCAUCUUGACUCUCCGAUCGAUCUACUUGAUUUUCGUAUAUAUAAUGUCCACUACCAAAAUGUGGUAGUUUUUGAAAUUAUGCAUGACUCAACUCGAAGCUGGCUGAGAGAGGUGAAGUGACCCAAUUUUUGCGGACAACGCCGACCAAAGAAAGAUCGGAAUCGGCAGUCCGCAGGCUAGUUGAAAAGCGCACGCUGCCACAUCGAUUGAAAGCGCAGGGACUUUUUCGGGUGGCGAGCAUUCGCUUGUCGAAAGAGAUGAAGUCCGAAUCGCACGAACGCAAUCAUGUUGGUUUGAUGAACGAGUCUCUACAACAUCUCUGUGGAUACUACACAACUCAAGGGCGACGAAGGUAAUGAGAUAGAAAAAAUGUCGCGAAGACGAAGAUCUAAAAAGAGCGGUCCUGUGGGACUGCUGCGGCGUCCGCAAAACCGAGCUUUUUGCCCUUUUCGAUGUGUACACAUAAAAUCGAGUUUUACAAGCGCGAGGUCUCUGUCAUCUAGUAUGAUAGCGACUGCGAGCAGUGCGCCGCGCCGCAAUUCCAGGAAGCGGCGCAGGUUCGCGACUUUUUCCGCUGGUGUUCGUACCCUGCUGGUUUCUCAACUCUACGCGACUACUACCGAUGGCAAUUCUGAGGUGGGACACGACACGGUGAGGGUGAGCGGUCCUCGGAGUGUUGUUCCAGCAUCUUCGUUAAGUUCUGCAUCUCCACCUUCCUCGAGCGCCCAGGACUAUCAUACUGCGAAAACAGUAGCAGGAGAACGUGCUAGGAGGUUUGACGUUGAAGGUCCAGCUGCAGCACCUAGUACGAAGACACGAGCGCCGGAAGAAGCAACUUCUGGAUCAACUGUUGUUGUAGUACAACGUGCUGGAAGUGGUGCAUCAUCUUCAAAAUCAAAUGCACCUGCGGGAUCAUCUUCCUCUGACAAUCCUCCAUCGGACCUCUUCGGCGAAGGAGCGAUAUCUUCUCCGUCGACAACAGUUACAGUCGAACCUUCAGAGGACUUGAGGCACUCUAGAGAGAAUGGUGGACACCGCCAUCGCCGAGGUCCCUGGCCUGAAUGGGCUGCCAUACGGAAUGCCGCCACGCACGAAGAAUGGUCUGCGAAGACGGGCUUUCCAGCUUUGAUAACACAUGAAUUCUGUUGGGAGCUAAUGCAGCGCCGCCUCCUUCUACAAUCCUCCAACAUGGAGACUUCGUCUUCAUCGAGUAGCAGUCGCGGUAAUAUUCACAAGAUGAAACAGGGCUCAGACUCCGAGGUUGAAAGUCCUCCCAGUGGUGCUCGAGUUACAGCCUCAAGAACAUCGUCUUCUAGUACUGGAGGAAGUGCAAGUGCCCUGACGUCCAGUAGUGGCUCCACCACGAACACGUAUGCUGCAGACAUAUUAGGUCGACAUUUGGACGAGGUGAAGGAUGAGCAAACCUCGUCAGGAGCGAAGCAGAGCAGGGCACUCUCCGAAGGGGAAACUCAAGCUCGACGUCUAGAGGCUCAAGAGCACCGUGCAGCUGAGGCACAGCGUGCGUUCGACCGGCACGCGAAAAAUCCUCGUGCCUUCCCCGCCGAUUUUCGUGUGUCCCUCCAAAAGAACAGUCAUGAAGAUAUCGUCGAGUCUUUGCGUCCGUACACGUCACUGGGGGAAGCCUGUGAAAAAUAUUCUGGUAUGUUACCAGAAGCAGCAAAGUUAUCCUACACACAGCGGCUCAAAAUGGCACGCGGGAUGAUUCUGUCCGACUUGUUGGCGAAAAAUAGGCACGCACAUCGCGAGGCCGAGCAAGCGAUGGAGCGAGACACAGACAUACUAGAGCGCCGGCGCCAGCUCUCGUCGUUGCGGCGAGAACUCAUAGUUGCCAGGCGGAGGUUAGCGGAUAUAGAAGGGAGUAGUACAGGAGGACCUGGCCCAGACGAAGAAGAUAUGACACGACGAACACCAGUACAUGAUGCGCAGGAGAAGAAUACUCACGGAAGAAGAGACCACUCAUCUGGAGAAUCUGAUGCCGCGAAAAAUUCUGCUGUUAAGAUGAGAGACAUUGACAGUCUCGAUGACCACCCAUCUGUUGUGGCCGCGGCUCCACAUCGUCCACCCUCUCACUCAAAAAGGGCUGCGCGCGACGUGCAAGCUUUAGAAAAAGAAGUGGUUGACGUUGAAAGAGUCCUGGAAGAGGAGGAAAGUCAGUUUCUAGAAGACCGGGCGGUGCCUUUUGUCAAACUAAAGUUGGACCCCACCGUGGUUGAGGCGCAACAGGUGGCAGAGAAACGCGAUCGGAUGCAACUACUCUACAAAAAAUGGCAGGAAGACCGGGAUUAUUUCCUACGAAGUGGUGUUCGUGUUGGGGCCGACAGGAAGCUUGGCCGUAGGAAAACGGGGGUUUCUACUCAAGAAGAUCUUGGUAGCAGUGAUACUACCUCUAGGAGCCAUGGUGGAGAAGGAGAUCAUGAGCAGGAACUAGGCGACCCAGAAGGUCGUCGGCGAGCUGCAUCACAGGAAAUGCCUACCACGACAAGCAGCGACGCGGGCGAAAUGCUGGAUCGUAUGCGGCGGGCACUGAACGACUCAGCGGAAGUGGGCACGAGGAUGCUUGAAUGGGCGUCGGGUGCCGUGGUGGAGGCUGCAAGUCAGACUGCAAGUUACGUGCGAAAACGGAUACUGAACUUUCUGACGGGUGACCAAGCAGCGCACGAGGAUGAUCCAAAUUCAAGAACACAUCAUUAUCCUGAUGAUCAUGAAGAGCCGUCGCAAAACGCCGCGAUACAUUCAAUAAUUUCUUUAGACGACGACGCCUCGGCUGCGGCGGUGAUAUCAGCUAGCGGAGACGCAGCUAACAGAGACGACUGGAAUGUGGACAUGGAUACUUUGUUUAGCGUAAACCAUGAUGGUGAAUUUUUUGUCCCACCGGAUUUGGAAAAACAGCUCCGCACUCACUAUCGAGGUAAACGCAAGCUGCUCAACUACGGAGGACCGAAUUGUAUGAUGCCACUCAUUGAGAACAAAGAUAAGGGAAUCGAAUAUCGUUCUUAAGUAAGUAGAAAAAGCGGGAGCGAGAGCGACACUCCCUCCCCUAUCGACGUUCUCAAUAAGUGGAAGCAUUCACUAACGCGACCGCUUUCUCUUUGUCGGGCAGAAGUUCCAUUUCGCCAACUUCCACUGCAUCAAGAGGUUUGCAAUCCGGCGAUGUUCGAAUCAUUGGAGUUGUGAACAGCAUGCCAAAUCAAACUUUGGUGAAACUACUGCAGCUGCAGAACGAAGUCUAUGGGGCCAACGAAGUGCCGAUUCUGAACCGCAUUCCUCUGUCGGAGCUGCUCGUGGACGAUGAUAGCGAUACAAAUGAUCCACAGUUAUGAUCGCAGACUCUUUUUUAGUGUAGAUGUAGGGCCACAUCCUCUACUAGGCAUCGAUAAUGGGCCUCAGAGAUGUAGGCUGUGUAAGUAUGUACGCAACUGAUGCAUGUUAGUUGUAGUUGUUCUUUCUUUUUUUCACGAGGUGGUCGGGUGGAGCUGACAGUUGAAAAUAAGUACCUAAGCAACUCUCGCUCUAAGUUUUCUGCAAGCCGACGACAACCCGCACUUGACGUCUUUCGCCGUGUAUAAUUUCCAGAGUAAGAGCAAUUUGGUGCUGCAUCAGCGCCGCGGCUCGCUGUUCCUCUAUGACAUCGAUAGUGGAACCAACGACGACGUGCCACGUGGAGCGGACUUCAACGAAGUCCUUGCGCCAAGCAUGCGGUUUCGCUUUCACUCUUGCAAAGAGAACAACGCCUUCUGCCACGUGCAAUCUUCCUGUUACAUAGACCGCGGCAUCGUCGUUUUAGAUCGCCAUCGUGUGCAGAUCGUCCGCUAUGUGUGGACCAAUUACGAAGGACAAGACCGAAUCUACGACAAGACCGUUGAGGACAUGGUCCUCCGCAUGCCCCAGUUGAACAUCUUCGGCCAAGUCGACAUCGCGGGUGGAGGAUCCACGGGUACUAGGAGGAAUCAACUAUUCGCAUUGCCUUCUACUAUAAAUUCGUAUGCUUCGUUUAUUUGCGUGUUGUCAGUCAUUUUAAGUUUGAGUAUGAACAACGUUGAACAACCUCGGAGUCGAGCAGGUGCCGGUGGGGCUCGAUGUGCAGGGUCCAGAAGCUAACCUAACCAACCUCAGCGUGAUACUAACCUCAAACGAACCAAAUCAACCAGGCGUUCGGUCUCCUGGAGCAGUCGUUCGGUAUCAAGCGUACUCAUCUACGAUUUUCACCAUUCCUAGCGACGACGGUUUUACCAAAGGGCACAACAUAACGAGUCCGGACUUUCAGUUUGCAGGAAAUCCCUUCCUGUUUGUCGCUGAUACGGGUACUGUUUUUAUGUCAGCUGACAUGUGAGUAGAGUCUGAUGAUAGAUAAUAAAUAGACUGUUAGUUAGAAGGCUUAGGUCACGACUCAUUCCACCUCUGUCCUGUCGUCAGAUUCAGAAUUCCCUUGAUGCCAAUGAUGAAAGCAUCGUCGUGCUGCAGAUGAUCAUAAUGAUCUUUUUUAAGAUUUUUCCACGACCCGAUAGCCAUUGUCUUUGUCAUACAACCACAAUGUUACGCCUCUAUGCAUAGGUAACAAUCGGUUGGUGAUUUUCAACGUGACUGGUGCCGAAACUUUCGAGUUUUAUGAGGAGUACCGGAUGAGCAUGAGUCUGAAGCCCGCACCGGAGUUCAAUCAGCCUGUUGCGCUUGCGCUUUUCUUGCCUGGUUUCGAGUACAAGGAAGAGCCAAUCUUUGCUAACCUUUUGGUAGCAGACAGAAACAAUCAUCGAAUUCUGAAAUUGGACUUCGGUUACUACCAGUACACGCAGAAGUACAACUUUACGGUAUACGAUGACUUCGGCUUCAUAGACCGCAUCGAGGAACGGACGCACCUGUAUCGAUUAUUCAACCGUGGGCCGUAUUUGGAAUACAGCUCCCAACUAGGAAACGAGAACGCGAUUGGGUCAUUCUCUCAGGGUCUGCUGACGGAGCCGAUAAGUACAACCGCUAGAAUGCUCUAGUUCUGCUUCUGCAGAAACACCGAUGUUGUGAACAUUUGGAUGCUUACUCUGUUUCAGCACAUUUUAUUGAUUCCCAGUACGCCUACGCUCACAUUGUUUUAUUAUUUUCAAACAAAUUUAGGAAGGCAUUCAGACGUUCUUAGUUUGAAUGUAACACCUUGUUCGACCUCCUCACGACCAGGUGUCCAGACGUAUCGUCACUACAUGUUCGUGUUGCAGAGUUCUAGCGACGAGGUAGGCGUUUUUACGAUGAACUACAAUGACACGCGGACGUUCAUGUUUGUGACGAAAUUCACGAAUGACCGAAAAAUAGAAUACGGCAUCGGCGUAUCCUUCAACGGUUACCUUUGGUUGGCGCAGCAGGAAGCACGCAAGGCGUCCUUCGAGAAGGACGUCGCGGUCUUUCAACUGCCGCGAGACUUGAGGGAGGGCACGUACCCGGAAAAGAUCAGCGAUUUGCGCUCGCAAUGCGUCGACGCGGACUUUUACAACCAAACCGUGAUGUCAGAUCCAGAAGAGUUUUUCCGCGUCGUAACGAGUGCGCUCAAUCUCAGUGGUUUGCAGUACUUCUCGCCAAACGGAACCGGCAGUUACAUGGACUACAACCUAUUCAAUCUGUCACGCACGGAUCUGAGCGUGUUCACGCACCAGACCGCUCUCGCGCCGACAACAGCGCUUGAUAUGCCGGCGCAAGCAGGCUUCAACUUUGCCCUAUGGAACGCAACGAUCUACUUCGGGCUCAUGGCGUUCUGUGAGGUACAAUGAUCAAAGUGAUCAUAGUUCUUGCUCUUGGUUCUCUAUUUUAAGAUUUGAAUGUCAUUCACCACAUUCUACAGUGCAGUAGAACUUUUAGUCCACCUUUCUUCGGAACUCACAUUCAGAGUUAUGUCAAACAUCCUCCUUAGACAUAGACAACUGGAAUUUUUGUGAUCAUUCUUUCUUGAAAUUUUAGGUCUUCAUACCUACACCACCACCUAUGCUGUUCGGUGGAACGACCGGAUGGACAAGUGCAGAUGGAAGUGCCUUGCAGAGCUGGGAUAUCAGUGCCUCGUAUCGAAAGACUGGCUUUCCAACUAGUGGAAUACUGUGGACUAGUGGAAUAUUGGGUAUCUUCGCAGUUAUACCUUACCUGCUUUCAUCCCUCAACUUCAACAGUCCCCUUGCAGACUCUAUAAUCAGCAAUCAUAGGAGGCUGGUGAGGUGAUCCGCGCGCGGUCAGGUGCUGUUUCUCAAGAGCUGUGCCCGUGCCCCUCUUCAGUUAUAUAAGUGACCCGGUGUGGAAGAUAAGCUUCUGAUGCAAAUCACAACAAAAUCUUAAUGAAGAUUCCCUUUGCUUUUCUCAUCGAUGAACCCAAACAACGACAACGAGAGUCCACCUUAGUGUUGUCGAAAACUGACGCGAUAAGCGACGAAGUAAACGCGAAAUUGAAGAUUCCAAUUGUUUACUUAGUUCCACUGACUGUGACUUUGACGAAGAGUGACUUGGAAGAAAGAUGAAGCCGAAACUAGUACUAGUGGUCAAUUUAAGACGCCCACCUCGACCUGACACUUG